AUGCAACCGACAUAUUUGGAGCCUUUGGGUUCAGUUAAUUUCUCAAAAUUCAAGACCGAUAUAUCGUUGAGGAAUACAACGCAAAUCGUCUUCAGUUCAUCUUCAGCAACUGUAUGCCUAUACGAUAUACACAAACUUGACUGCUUUCGUGACAGUCCAAAUUGGUCACAUCAAUUUACAUGGAUACCUAUUUUAGAUUUAAAAUAUUUAUUGGAUAAUGUAUCAGACUCUCCUGAUGAUUUGUACAAUUGGCAUAUUAGUAAAGUUAUGUUUGUAAAUACUUCAACUACGGCAAGGCAGUCUUUAGCCGCAGUUCUUGUAAAUAUCAACCAGAAUCGUUCACUUGUCUGUUUUUUUCGUUCAUUGAGUACAGCAAAAUGUAACAUAACUAUUUUAGUAAAUGGGGCACUAACCUCACUGGAGUGGUUGCCUCUUAUCGAUAUAGGAUGUAAGCCAUCGGAAUCGCGCUCAAUGAACUCUACUAUGGAUAUUACGGAUCAAGAUAUUUCCAAAGGAACAAACAAAACUUUAAGCUCCGUUUUAUCAAUUUUUGAUGGUUGUUUCGCCCUCGGUUUUCAGCAAGGACUUGUAGGUUUACUGGAUAUGUGUCUAACACAUACUCGUGAUGAUUUAUUAAAUGAUAUACCUGAGACAUCAAUUGCAGUUGAAAGAUCGCAUUGUUUAAAUUGUUUUUCUUGUAAACAACCAAUAUCUCAAUCAUCUAAUGAUAAUAUAGAACACUCACUAGUAUAUCUUGACGCCUCAGUUCUUCGAUGGAAUGAUUUUACAUAUAAAUCUGUCAGUGGUAAAACAUUAUCUUCAAUCCCAUCUGCUGGUGUCUACGUGUCAGCCUUAAGUUAUAUUCCACAACUUCAAGGUCUUGCUGUCGGCUUCAGUUUUGGUGGUUGGCAAUUAUGGUCAUUGGAUCGACUGAAUAUGGAAUUUUGUUUGCGACAAGCUACUCCAGCUACUCCUGUGGUUAGUUUCAACUUCCUAGAACCUUCGGAUGAUCCACGAUUUUGUUGUUUUAUUUGGGUUGGUUGGCAAUCAAAACAAGAAACUGAAAGUGAUGGUGUGUUUAGAUUUACUGGGAAACAGAAUUCUGCAGGAAACUUCCAAAGUCCAACAGUAAAAUUAUUCCAGUUAUCCUAUAGACGUCGUUAUGAAUUAUUUUCAAAUAAACAUAAAGAAUUCAAUUUCUAUUACCAGGAUUUAAUUGGUAUUGCAGAACGUUUAUCUACAACAUUAUCUGGUGAUAAAAUUGACGAUAAUAAACCUCAAUACACAUCUAGAUUACUUUCUGUUCAAUCACUUCAUGCACCGGGUGAUUUCAUUAUGGAUAAUAAUAAUUAUCAUCAUCCCAAUAAUAAUAAUAAUAAUAAUAAUAAUAAUAAUAAUAAUAAUAAUAAUAGUAAUGCUGUCAUCAGUCAUUCUAUAGGAAUGAUACGUUUGAUUGCUUUUAUAUGGAAGUUUUCCGAAUCUGUUAUUCGUAUUGGUCUGUUUGAUUUGGAUCGAUGGUAUCAUGCACAAAUGCCAACUUAUAUCAGAUCUGAUGACACGUUUGUUUCUAUUUUUGAUGCAUUAAUUCCAAAUCAAAAAGUACACUUAUUGCACACCUAUUUAAUUGAAUCAAGUUUAAUGUCAUUUUGGAGUCGUAUUGUUCAACGUGAAUCAAAUUUAAUUCAAUAUUGUCAAUCUUAUCCUAUAUUAAUAAAUUCAAAUAUAAAUUCUACCAAUAAUCAUCAUCAUUAUAAAAGACCACGUCCAAUUCCUGAAAUAUUUCUACGUCCAUCAUCAUUAUCAUUUCAUUGUCUUAUAUUUUGGACUAAUGAUAUAUCUUAUAGUAAUAAUAAUAUAUUAAACUUUUCUAUGACACAACAACAUCGUCAUCGUACUACUACUACUACUACUACUAAUACUACUCAUCAGUAUUAUGAUUGUAUCUAUCAUCUUAGUCGAAUUAUGUUUGUAUCAUAUCAAGAAGAAUGUCUUAUAGAAUUGAAUCAAUUUAUAAAGAAAUCAUCAUUAAAUUAUAAAAAAUUUAAUAUUAUUCAAUGGUUAUCUAAUGCAUGGAAAUAUGGUCUACUUGAAUCACCAGGUUUAGAUCAAUUUGAUGAUGAUGAAGAAUUUAUGAAUUUAUUAAAUUAUACACAAAAUACUACUUUAAUAAAGAAUAAAUAUACUACUGAUAAUACUACUACUACUAUUAAUGAUUGUGGUAUUCAUUUAACACUUGGUGAUUAUUAUGAUCAAUCAAUUAUUGAUAGUUUAAAUAAAUUAUUAUGUAAUUUAACAACAGAACAAUUCAAUAGUAAUACUAUUGUGGAUGAUGAUCAUGAUCAUAAUGAUGAUGAUGAUUAUAUUUCAUCAAAACGUCAUUGUAAAUAUCGUCGAAUAGAUCAAUCAGUCAAUUCAUCAUUAUAUAGUAAAGGAAUAAAAACACUUAAAAAGAAAUAUCAAUAUUCUUUAGAUCCUUGUUGGGUAUUAUUAGCUAAUUGUCUUUUAGAACAUGGUUGUAUUAAUGUAUUAAAGAAUUUGGAAAAUUUAUCUCCACUUGGACAAGAUUCCCCAAUCAAUAUAAAUUUCAAAUAUAGUUGGAUAUGGCUACGAUUUUGUAGAUUGAAAUCUCGUUUCGACAAAUUGACAAGUGUACUAUUUAUGCCAAAGUCAUCAAAUGAAGUGGAAUCAGUUUUAUCGAAUUCAACAGAUCAUAGUCAUUCAAGAAUACCUGAUCUUUUAGAGUUGGGCUGUACGAUUAAUCAAAUUCAACUAUUAGCAACAUUGGCAAAACAUUGGUUCAUUGGGAAAAAUCACAAUUCUAUUAUGAAUAGUCCUAGACGAUUUCAUUUAUCAACAAAAUUGUCGUUAAUUUCAGGACAACAUCCUAUAGAAUUCAGUAUUAAAACAUAUUUAUCCUAUGCAAAACUUGUAGUGUUUCUAUUUCGUUUAGGUUUAUUACCACAAACAAAUGAAAGAUUCAAUGAUAAUAAAUUCUUUACAGAUUCAUCUUAUCGAAUCAAUAGUACAGUUCUCUUACCGUACAAUUCAUCAAUGCUAACUGAAACAAUUUCUGAAUUACGAUGUACACGGCACCAUCCUGUUGAUUUUGAUAAUAAUGAUAAUAAUGACUGUAACACUAAUCGAUUAACAUCUAUUAGUGACCAUAUUCUUUAUUCUUCACUUCAAGCACCAUCAAAGCAUCUCAAUAAUAGUAAUCAUACAUUUGAUAAUUACUUGACUAAUAGUGAAGUUCAUGAUAUCUGGAAGGAACAAGAACACUUAACAUCAUCAUCAUCAUCAUCAUCAACGUCAUCAUCAGCUACAUUGAAACCAACAAAUUCAUUAGAUAAUAAUGAAUUACCAAAUUGGUUAAAUUAUCCACCGAAUAAUUUACAAUCAUUAUGUGCUUUAUGGCAAUUGCCAUAUAAUCGACAAAUUAAAAAAUCACGAUUAAUUAUACUUGGAUUUAUAUUAUGUGAUUCAGCAGCUGAAACAUUAUUUCAUCAAUCAAAUUAUGAUGAACAUUAUAAUGGUCCUAUAGAUGAAGAUAAUACUGAUAUUAAUAAUAAUAGUAAUAAUAAUGUUAGUAGCAAUGAGAAGACUCAAACUACUCAAAUGAUUAAUAAUAUCAAAUCUACAAAUUCCAGUAGUUUACGUGCAUUACAACUGUGUCGUUAUGUAAUGUCUUUCUUAUCAAACGAUUCCUCGUUUAUUCUCUUAUCCCUACAAUUAUAA